AUGGAUAAGGGUGAUGUAGAGAUGUUGGACGCUGAAAAGAAUGUCCAUGCUAGUGAUGUCCUUUUGUCCAAUGAGUCACCGGUCGAGUACAAAAACGGUGUUAAGACUGGCAAAAUUAAUGCUGAGGAAAAGACAAAUUAUCAGAGUGAUUCAAAGGGAGAAAACUUGAAGGAUGAUAAAAGUGAGACAGAGGACCAGCUCAACUCUAACAGUCCGCCAGAGGCACACGACAAUGUUGUUCUAGAGAACGAAACACCUACUAUUGAUGCUGGACGGAUGAUAUGGUCUUACGAGUUUCCAAAAGUGAAACUAGAAGUUACUGAUUCUUUGAUUGGAAAAAUGCCAGAACCAGUUAGUCCAAUGUUUCAGAUCAAUCCUUCAACUGCAAAUGUUGGACAUCAUAGUGGGGAAGCAUCUGAGAAUACUUCUGCAAUAAUGGCUGAUGGUGAGGAUGAUGAAGGCUCCCUUAAGGAUCGAGCUGCCUUUUUAGGAAAACUAGUAACGGUUUACCAGGAGAAGGCGAUGGAAUUUAAACCACCUAGGUUAUGGAGAUCUGUGAUCAGAUUAGGUGGCUAUGAUCGGUUGCUUCUACAAUAUGAAAGGCAUAUGAUACAAAACGGAGAGCUUCAACUUCCUAUUGCUCUUCCUCCUAGUUCUUCGGGUGUUGACAAUGAGGGAAGUGGUUACCAAAUUUCUGCAUCAGGAAGGGCAGUAAAAGAUUCAGCUAUUCGUUGUAGGUUAGGCAAGCAGGAGCAAUACCUUUUUGGUUAUGGUGAGGUUGCUGAGCCAAUGGUAAAGGAAAGGAAUGCCAACAAUAUGCCAAAGCGUGCAAAGAGCCUCAAAAAUACUGGUUCUCUUAAGCACCAUGGACAAAAUGAAGUGGAGCACCCAAUAAAAGCUGUAGAAACUGAAACAUCUAAGCAGUAA